GGCCGCUCUGCACAGGAGUUUGUGUUGGUGUGUGAAGCGAGCUGAUAACGGAUUGUGUGCGUUUCAAGCAGUUUAAGCGGCAAGUGUGAUGUCGACAUGGUGUACACUGUCAGCAAAACUUAACUAAGACAACUCAGGUCAUCCCGGAUACCACCCCCUACAUCAUCAUCGCACGAGCACCAUCAGAGCAGCAUGCUGCAGACGUAGCCCUGCCUCAUACUAUUCAGGACGACAAGCUGCUUCAACGACAAUCUUCCCAGCCUUGGUGACGUCUCGCCUUGAAAAUGACGAAGAAACGGUACCGUGCAAGUAGCCGGCGAUCGAGGCGGCAUCGGGAGUUCGAAGAAGCAGCUGCUGGACCCAAGGAAGACCUCGCAGCGGUCAUUGCGUGUGAGAGGAGAGCCCUCCUGGUCGUAACCCUUGCGGCGUCUGUCGGGCUCAUCAUGUGGAUCAUAUGCGUGGGAACCGAACAAUGGGUGAACGUUACGGCCCCCGGAGGUGGCAUCUACGUCAACAGGACGAGAACCAUCUUUCUCCACAGCAACAUGGGGCUCUUCAGAUGGUGCAAGACCUUUAUACCCGUGGCGCCGUCUGGAGCCAAGGGCGAACAAGAAUCCACUUGCAGCUUCUUCAAAGUGUUUCCUAGCGAAGAGGAAAUUCGCUCCAACAUUGAGCUGGACCGGACGAUAUUGGCAGAGUACACGCGAUCAGAAGUUGCCUUCUGCGUCAUUAGUCUUUUCCUGCUGAUCAUGGGCAUUGGCUUCUCGCUGUACACGUUCAUCGAGCCACGCUACAUGUACAAGAGGCUCGCCGGUGGAGUUCACUUUCUCUGCGCUGGAGUCAUGGUGGUCAUAAUGGAGGUCGAAUCCAACUCUGCCACCUACGAAGAAAAAUACUUGUCUGCCCGUCAUCCGAAAGGCUGCCGUUGGUCGUAUGGCUUCUCCUACUACCUCUCAUGGGUCACCUUUUGCGUCUUCAUCGUCAGCGGCAUCACGUUUAUCGUAUGCUCUCGCAAACGCAAAAACACAGACUUCGACACAGGACGAAGCGAUGACCUCGGGACUCCCGGUUGCUGAAGACUUCGGAGCGGUAUUGUACGGAACGUGGACAUGAGCUGCCUUCUCAGCAGACAACCAGUGUGUGUUGGCAACCAAGGCAGCCACCGCAGCUAAAAGAGGGCGCUGUCAAAGCUGUUGUUAUCGCCAAACGGCGACCAACAGCGACAUUGUGAAAGUUACGUUGCUAGCAGACAAGUGACUAUCGUUUCAGUAUAGAUUGUUUAGACGGCUUCGCUCACAGUGUUGCCAAAAAUGACUCUCAACUACUGCCACCUGGUGUGAUAAAGAUGAAAAACA